UGCCUUGGGCAGGCGGGCAGGCGGUGUUAGCGCUGCCGCCGUCGCUUCUGCUCCCUGAGCACGGGGCUCCUCCUGCUUCUCUUGCCUCCGCCCUCCUAGGGCACGAGCUGCUUCGGCUCCUCAAGGUCUCUCUUCCUCCUCCUCCUCCUCCUCCUCCUGGCUAGCUGGUUGGACUUGUUACGGUGUCACAUCCUUCUUUCCAGCUGCAGUACCAACUUCCCUCCCAGCCAGCCUCCCUGCUUGGCAGAGGCUACAGCAAAGUGAUGGGAUAGAGCAGAAGCUUCUUGACUCCCUCGGCGGUCUAUGUAUUAGUCCUUAGCAGCGUGGAUCGCCCCUUCGCGUCUUCUUAUCACAUUCCUGCCCCGCUGUUUUAAGUCUCCCCGUUGUCUCUCUUUUUUUUUCUUGUUAUCCCCCUUCCCGUUUCCUUGUUCCUUCCAUCCCCUUUUUAAUCUUUUAGUUCCCCCCCUUUCCCCUCUGUGCUUAUGAAUUUGGAUCGUUGAAUUCUCCUGCAAAGGUUUGCAGUCUAUGAAAACAGCCCUCUUAUGCCAUAGCCACUAAGUUUACUCAGGAGCCUUUGAUGAGGAGCUGUGUCAAAGACUUUUUGGAAUUCCAGAUAUAUGUUGGGGAAAGGAGGAAAACGGAAGUUUGAUGAGCAUGAAGAUGGGCUGGAAGGCAAAAUGGUGUCUCCUACCGAUGGUCCAUCUAAGGUGUCUUACACCUUACAGCGCCAGACUAUCUUCAACAUUUCCCUUAUGAAACUUUAUAACCACAGGCCCUUAACAGAGCCGAGCCUGCAAAAGACCGUUUUAAUUAACAACAUGUUGAGGCGGAUACAAGAGGAGCUCAAACAGGAAGGCAGCUUGAGGCCUAUGUUCCUCACCCCAUCACAGCCUACAGAUCCUCUUGGAGACAACUUUCGAGAAGCUCAGCCUGCCUUUAGCCAUCUGGCCUCUCCGCCAGUCCACCCCACUGACUUAGCAAGCCCUACACCACUGGAGUCUUGCCUCACCCCUGCCUCUCUGCUUGAGGAUGACACUUUUUGCACUUCCCAGACCAUCUCACUAGAUGGUCCUCCAAAAUUACCACCUCCAACGAUCCAACCAGUAAAGGACAGCUUCUCCUCAGCCUUGGAUGAAAUCGAGGAGCUCUGUCCAACACCUACCUCCGCUGAGGCAGUAGUAACUACAGCAGCAGCAGAUACAACUGCACCAGAUAACUCUAAGGAGAAUUCCAGUGAAUCCAGCAUUCAAAAGCCUGAGGCGAUACAGGAGAGCAGAAUGAGUGAGCCUAAACUCAUGGACUCGUUACCUGGCAAUUUUGAGAUCACAACUUCUACAGGUUUUCUUACAGACUUGACCCUGGAUGAUAUUCUCUUUGCAGACAUUGAUACGUCUAUGUAUGAUUUUGACCCUUGCACAUCCUCUACAGGGGCUGCCUCAAAAAUGGCUCCUGUCUCCGCAGAUGACCUCCUCAAAACUCUGGCACCCUACAGUACCCAGCCAGUAACCCCCAAUCAGCCUUUCAAAAUGGACCUUACAGAACUGGAUCACAUCAUGGAGGUGCUUGUUGGGUCAUAGAUCGAUAGCAACUUUUUAAAUGCACCAGUAUAAACCCUUGGUAGUAUUUUCACAAGGCCCCCUCUCCUUCCAGACCUACCAAGAAACACAUAGACACACACAUAUAUGCACGCACGCAAAUACACACACCACUGUGCAUGCGUCUUUGCUUGUCUUUUUUUUUUUAAAGGAUCAUACUUGUUUUUGCUUCAAGCAGAGUUGGAGUGCCUUCAUUCAUGUAUGACCACUUUUAAUGUAUUUCUGAAAGUGGUUCCUCAAGGGAGACCUGAAAUCCUAAUAUAGGAAGAAAAUGCAUAUUGUAAAACAUAAAUAUGUUUGACAAAAAAAAUGUAAAAGCUAAGCACAAGGAUUAUGUUGGGAAAAAGCUGUAAAUUGCAUGUGCAUAUUUGUCUAUUUUUUCUAUAAGUUUUAUUGCAAGAGGUUAAAAUAUUAUUUAGAUAAUUGCAGUACCUUUUUGGCAUUUUAGCACUGUCUAGGUUGACUUAGCAAUCCAGCCUUUUUAGAGGUAUUAAUGAUUCCUCUUUAAAUGUUGCAUUUACAUGGCUCUUUAGAAACUGCUAUCCAAAUUUAUUUUAUAUUUUUGUAUAGAUUCUGCAAUUUAUGAUAUUGGGUUUUUUUCUUAGAAAAAGAAAAAGAAACAAAACAAAAUGCUGUUUGUACUCACAUACACACAAAAAAGGAAAUAGUUAUUUUGGUAGGAUUUGCUCACCCCAUUCCUGCAUAUACCUUCUGAUGUACGAGAACUGCUUGUAGUUUUAUACAGACUUGUAGUGUUUUAUAUAUGCAUAUAAUGGUGCAAAGAGAAGUUUGGAUCAAAUCAGUCUGCAGCUGGCCUCCCUGAAUCCAGACACCCAUGCUUGAAGGAAAAGACCAAGGGCUCUUCCCUUAAAAGUUUCACAGAUAUUUACUCCCUGCUGCCUACUACUGUGAUUAACAAAAACCUUAGAGCCAUGUAUAUUCCAACACUGAUGUCAAACAGUUGGCAAGAAAUAGCUGUGAAACUUUAUUCUGAUGAAACUCCCUUGUUCUCCCUUCCCUCAUUCCAAUAAGGAUCAAGAAAUAAAAAUAUAUUUCCUCAAACCAAGCUUUUUUAAAAUUUGCAAAACAGAUUCCAUCCUUCGUCUGACAGACUAGUGUGUCCUUAAGUCUAUUGAGCUCAGCCUUUUAAUAUUUUACAGCUUUCCUGGUGAGAAAGUUGUCUUCCUAGAAAUAUCUUUUCAGUAAACGCAGUUGACAGAGUGCACAAUUGAUAAGAGUGCCCCAUUCAGAUUCAAACAGUAGAAAUGGAUGAGCUUUGGUGUACUUUACUCUCUCUUGAGGUAUUACCAUAUUAAUGGCAUCUAGUUUUAGAGCGUCACAAUUGAGGCAGUUACCAGAAGCAUGUUGUAGCCGUAGCAGAUUGUUUUGUUUAAUUGUUUUGGGUUUUUAUUUUGUUUAAAGCCUGAAAGUAAGUUGCGUUGAAAUCAGUGGAGAUUUCCUUCCAAGAAUUGAGUUUAGGAUCACAAGUGGAAAAAGGCCCUUUGUCUCUGUGACAGUAUAAUUCUUAUAUACCUUUUUUCUUCUAAUCAUUCUUACGAUGAUUCUUGCCCUUUGCUUGGAAUAUUAAUAUUCUAAUUCACUCUGUUGGCAAGUGCUGAAAAACAAAAUCUAACUUCAGUAUUACUGCAGUGAAAUCAUCUCUUAUCAGCACUGGAUGGACUCACUCAAGUAUCCAUUGCUCUUAAAACUGGAGCUAGUUGUGCUUUGAACACUUGGUAUCUUUGGGGGGAGUUGGUUUCUUGAUUCUACUCUGUUCCUUGCUUUAUACUUUAUAUGGCCUGUUGGACAAUGUAUUGAAACUGCAAUCUUCUAUGCAUGUUUCCUCCCCACUUAAGUCGUCUCAUUUCUGCACCUGUUGCAAUUUUCUCUCUGUUCAUUGUGAUGUACAUUUGUGUUAAAGAAAACUUGCAAUGUUAUCAUGCCUGUUGCCGAGAUUGCUAUGGCAUAUUAAUUUUAAAUGGUACUUAAUUGAGUGCAGGUUACAAACUAUACUGUUGAUAUGCAUAUGGCUUCUUUAGGAAUAACGUUUAUAUUUAUUUAAGAAAAUUUAAAUUAUGUUUAUGUAAUUUGGCAAUAUUCAGUUGGUUCUGCUUACUUCUUGUCAUGGAUUAUUAAAAAUUGGGUCUUUUCUGCCUUUAAGAUGGCAGCUUUAUAAACUGGCACUUUAGAACAGGCCAUACAUAUUUAUUGAAAAUGCAUGUAAUUUAUUAUAUACAAUGCACACAAAAGUUUUUCAUUUGUUUCCAAACUAUCUGGGUAAUUAGAGUGCUGCAUGCCUACACUAAAUAUGCCAUGCCAAAUUAUCAACUAAAUCCUUGUACUUUAAUCAUGUUUUGCUAUCUUGAAAAGUUUUAUUUCAUUCAAAUAACAGUAUAGUUAUAAUUUGAAGUUGCUCACCUUUGUAACCAAGCAUAUUUUUCCCAAUUCUUCCUAUUGUGGGGAAGAAAAAGAGAGCUGGCAUAUUCAAAUGUUUUAAUUAGAAGUUAUAACAACCGAUUUAGAUUGCAAAAUGCCCUGAACAAGGAUCUUUUUUCUUUUGUUAGUCUGGUAAUCACUAGGAAUAUGGCUGGUGUUGUAUAAAAUAACACUGAAUUAUAGUUUCAUUAGGAAUUUGUGUAUUUGAGAAGAUUUAGGUUUUUUCAAUCUGGGAUGCAGAAAUCCAAAAUACCACUAAAUUGUAGCAAACACAUACAGAAAGAAUUAUCUUUGCUUCCACCAUUUGGUUGUCCAGAUCUAUGCAGAACUAGGUAGGGUAGCCAGAUACUGUAAAAAGAUGAUAUAAGAUACUUGCUGAUAAUGUUAUUAGUAAAUUAGGGUAAUCUUGGGUGCAGAUACAUGCAAUGCUAGAAAACACUCAAUUUAAUUUUAAUCAGUUAAUCAGGAUGGCAGCAUCCCAAGCCUUUGCUGGAACAGUCUAGGUUUAAAUUAAAAUUAAAAUGUCAAGAAAAAAAAGGAAACAAACAAGAUUUACCAUGAUCAAAAUCUGAUUCUACAUGUAAUCCAGAAACAAUACUUUCCUUUUUUGAUGAGGUAAUGCAGUAUGUAAACAAGUACCGCACGUUGGGCAGAAGUUGAAAUUAACACCUUUUUAGGGAGGAACAGUAAGUUUGUGUUCCAAAGGCUAACCUUGCCAUACAAAGCAAAGUCAUUUGAAAAGUUGAGCAGAAACCAGUCCUGAUUGCAACAUUCUAUGAUACAAAUGCGUAUGAUUGUGGCAGAUAAUGCAUCCACCCCAUAGAAUGAGACCCCCCAGUAUGAUGAGUGCCUGACAGAAAUGCCAAUUUAAAAUACUUCUAUCGCUGUAAUAUAACUUACCAGACUACAAAUUCCUCUUUUCCCCACUCUCCAAAUUCCAUCUUGAAUGCUUGGGACAUUUUUAAUGACACAAAACGUGCAAUGAAGUGACAAGAAGGGAGCAGAAUUAAAGAGAGCUGUUUUGAAUUUGAAGUGAUUUUUUUUCCAUUUUGUUUUUCAUAAGUUAUUUAUUCCAUUUUAUUUUUCUUUUGUAAAUAUAUUUAUUUUAUUGUGAAGCUAACAACAUCUGGAUUGUAACAUGUACAGAAUGUAUGGUAGGAAUGUAUUCUCUUGUAGGAAUGUGAAAUCCAUACAAGAGAGAACUGAAAGUUAGAUUUGGAGAUUAUUAUCUGGGUUCUGUUCCGAAUACAUGUCAUUCAUCAGAUCUCCUGCCUCUCCUGCUUUUCUCUACUGAGAGUCACUUUGAUACUGUAGGACAUGCAAAAAAAAAACAAAAAACCCCAGAAUUAUAAACUUGGUUAUCCAAAUCAAACUUUGGUAUCGCUGGGUAUUUCAAAUGGGUCAGAUCCUAGUUCAAACAGUCAAAUACAGCUUUGGUUUCAGUGAGACUUCGUUGCAUAAUGUCUACUCGGAAGUAAGUCUUACUGUGUUUAAUUAAACUUACUCCUGAAUAAGCACAUACAGAAUUUCAGUCUUAAAAGGCCUAAAGUGAUAUAUUCUCUCACUCUGGUAGCUGGAACUGACUAAGGAUGCAUGUUAGCCUGAAGAAUAUGUUUGCUGAUGAAUAAAGGAAGAGGGUUUAAGAUUCCUCUUCCUUGAAAGUUGCACAGAAGCCGCGUGCACCACAAGAUUCAUCCUAGAGAGACUGUGCAGAGCAAGCUGGCUUCUUGCAAUGGAAGAUGAUGUAAGGCGAAAGCAGCUUCCCAACCGAAGAGUUCAAUUGCUUUGGCAACCUGAGCUUCACAUCACAGCAAUCUGACCUCCCCCCAAACAGUUUCAGUUUGAGCUGCUAGUGCUUAAAACGGGAAUUUUUUAGUAGGGGAGGGGGUGCUAAAAUCCAUUAACCAACUUAAGGCAAGAUUAGCCUUUACUUUACACAUUAAGUGUGCCUUUUCUUCUGCAGAGAGAGUGUAAAGUGGCAGAACACAACCUGUUUCAAAAAUGCAUAUUUAUAUAAACACCUGCAUCCAGUAGCAUGUCCUAUUGAGACUUCUCAGGUGAAAACAAAGCAAUGCAGAAAACAGUAGGAGAAGGAAAAUGUGGAACUCCAUGACAAAGUUGAUUUUUAGGUCUGAGUAGAGCUAGUUGUAGGACACAAUUUGCAAUAACUCCUUAUCUGCUAGCUACUAUAUAGCUUUCAGAUUAAUUAUCCUAGACUUAUAUGAAAUUGAAUAAGGAGGCCUCUAGGAGAAACAUGGUAGAAGUUAAUAUGGGACAAAAUCUAUGGAAGAGUGUGUUCAUAUGAUCGAAAAUCAAUUAAAAGCAUUUGCAUUCACAUUUCUGCUGGGUUUUGCAACUAUGGAUAUCUAGAUAGGUGACCAAAAUGUAGAUUUGUCAGUGCAAAUGUUUACACCAAAUUUCCAAGGAUUAAUAAGGAGGUACCUCAUAGUAAGUGGUGUAAGCCAUGCUGAAAGCUAACAAGUUUUGUGGAAGGCUUUCCUAUUGGAUUCAGAUCCUUGUUUCCACUUUUUAAGACACUUCUGUCAGCAGAGAGGCAAAUCUGAUCUUAAAACCUCCACCCUUCCUAGGGAAGUGUUUCUAGACAAGCUCAAACAGACUUUUAAGACCCUGGGCAAAAAUGCUGCAGUUUGAAGCAUUCUGUGAGGGGAGCCAUUUUAAGUCUCUUGGGUGGAAGUGAAGAAUAUUUGAUAGGCUGAAUGAACUGUGACUCAAAGCCCCAGAUUCACAUUUCCCACCCUUCUUCAGAACAUCAACUGUGCUGGGAAGCAAGGUGAAAGUCUAGCCUGGACUUGGCUCCAGAGAGCAGAGCCUAAGCAGGCAAUGUUUAGGAUUUGUGGGCACUUUGUAGACUGUGCCAAGGAAAGUGCCCUGAAGUCCCUCUCAGUUCGUUGCAGGAGAGAGGCUUCCCACAUGGAAACUGUUGCCACCAACAUUACUCUUCCUGCUAGUUGCUCUGCUUUACAGUGAGAGACAGGAUAAGGCUGCCUUUUCGGAGAGGCCAGGAUGAGAAUAAAUUGUACCAUGUGAUUUUUUUUUCUUUCCUGAUUGUCUUGUACAACCUGACUUUGUGAAUCUAAAGUUUACAGUUCAAUAACAACCGUGAGCAAACGGACAUGCACCCUCCUAAAAUGGCUCAUUGGAUCUAGAAUGUAACUGUGAUUGUUAGAAAAAGAAAAUCCAAGACCUUGCUUUUAUUAAUACGCUUAUACCGUGUCUGAAUUAUUAUUUGGGCGGGGGGGGGACGACUUCCACUCAUUUUAUCGUCUUUUUUUUCCCAAUGUUAAAAAUAAUUCUAAUGCUAAUUUUGGGCUUUUUUAAAAAGUUAAAACCUUGAAGUUGCUUAACAUUGUAACAUACAAGACUCUCUUAAAGCAGAGAUUUCAGGGGAGGGGGAAGAGAAAGAUGUAAAAAGGAGGAUACAAUUGGUGCAUGGUUGUUUCAAAACAAGGCUUAUUUUUGUCCAAAACGCUGAUAUUUUCUCCUCUGCCCCCAUUCCUAUCCCGCAACAGACCUUAGAGCUGUGCCUUUUCUAUGCAAUAUUACAGACAUAUACAUCUGAAACCAGAUUACUGUAUUCACUUGUAGGUAUGGGCUGUAAUAAUAAUAAAAAUGGGCAAAUUACAUGGAAAUGAGCAGUCUUACUUUUGUAGUUUUAUAUUAUACAAUAAACAG